AUGUCAGGAGGUAAAGGAAAAGCAGGAUCAACCGAAAAGGCAUCCACUUCAAGAUCUGCCAAAGCUGGUUUAACUUUCCCAGUCGGUAGAGUCCACAGAUUAUUAAGAAAAGGUAACUACGCUCAACGUAUCGGUUCCGGUGCCCCAGUCUACUUAACUUCCGUCUUAGAAUAUCUUUCUGCUGAAAUCUUAGAAUUAGCCGGUAACGCUGCCAGAGAUAACAAGAAAUCCAGAAUUAUCCCAAGACAUUUACAAUUAGCCAUUAGAAAUGAUGAAGAAUUAAACAAAUUGUUAGGUCAUGUUACUAUUGCUCAAGGUGGUGUCUUACCAAACAUUCACCAAAACUUAUUACCAAAGAAAUCUGGUAAGGCUACCAAGGCUUCUCAAGAAUUAUAA